AUGGCAGCUGAGAAAAAGGCUAAAGCUGAGUUGGAAGAUCUGAGGCAGAGGCUCAAAGACUUAGAGGAUAAGGAGAAAAAGGAAAGCAAGAAAAUGGCCGAUGAGGAUGCCCUGCGGAAGAUCAAGGCAGUGGAGGAGCAGAUAGAAUACUUACAGAAGAAACUAGCUGUGGCUAAGCAGGAAGAAGAUGCUCUACUCUCAGAGAUGGAUGUCACAGGGCAGGCCUUUGAAGACAUGCAGGAACAGAAUAUUCGCUUAAUGCAGCAAUUGAGAGAAAAAGAUGAUGCCAAUUUCAAGUUGAUGUCAGAGCGCAUCAAGUCUAAUCAGAUCCAUAAAUUACUCAAAGAGGAAAAAGAGGAGCUUGCAGACCAGGUUCUGACCCUGAAGACUCAGAAGGUGGAUGCUCAGCUACAGGUAGUUAGGAAACUGGAAGAGAAGGAACAUCUCUUACAAAGCAACAUUGGCACAGGAGAGAAGGAGCUGGGUCUUCGGACACAGGCUUUAGAGAUGAAUAAGCGCAAGGCAAUGGAAGCAGCCCAGCUUGCAGAUGACCUCAAAGCACAACUAGAGUUGGCACAGAAGAAACUACAUGAUUUUCAAGAUGAAAUAGUAGAGAACAGUGUAACCAAGGAAAAGGAUAUGUUUAAUUUUAAGCGGGCCCAGGAAGAUAUUUCUAGACUCCGAAGAAAAUUAGAGACUACAAAGAAGCCAGAUAAUGUACCUAAAUGUGAUGAAAUCCUAAUGGAGGAGAUCAAGGAUUAUAAGGCUCGCCUAACUUGUCCAUGUUGCAACAUGCGUAAGAAAGAUGCUGUCCUUACCAAGUGCUUUCAUGUCUUCUGCUUUGAGUGUGUGAAGACACGUUAUGACACCCGCCAGCGCAAAUGUCCAAAGUGUAAUGCUGCCUUUGGUGCCAAUGACUUCCAUCGCAUCUAUAUUGGUUGAAACUGGUUAUGAGUAGAGGAACAGAAAGUCAGGAUAGGCGCUUUUUCAUGAACCAUCAAAUUGAUACCUCUUCUUUCCUUAAUGCUACUGGAAGGGCCAUGUGUUGCAUUCUCAGACUCCUACCUAUGUUUUUCUCUGAAAUAACUGGGUGACUCCAGUGAGAGAAUUGAGUAAAUUAAAGGGUUAGGUUUGUGGAAAGCAGUUAAAAUAAGCAAACAGUUACUACCUUCCCUUCCAGUUUAAAUUUCGUUAGGAUCCCACUAUAUCAUCAUGGUUUAUUGGCCCUUCUCCCAAAGGUGCUGAGUUGGUAUUUUUGCUCUGGAAUAGUAUUGAUUGUGUACUGAUUGGAGAGCAGAGGGGAAGGAAGAUUGGAGAGAAGAGGGAAAAGAGGCAGCUGGGGUCAGGCUGAAGAAAACAAGCUUCUUAGCAUAAAAUUGCUUUGGAGCAUGAUUUGGUUUGUAAACUUGUAGCACAAAAGUGUCCUAGUGGCACUCUUCCUUAGACAGCAUGAGCUGAUACCCUCAGAUGUGGCCAGUUACAGAAUGUCUGGUGGCACCUUUGUUGUUACAGAGUUUUUAAUUGGUGGAAGAUAUACAAAGAAAAGCCUUUAAUUCCUCCCAGGCUGGAAUAGUUAUAUAAAAGCAUAGCCCCUUUCUGACCUUCAGUAUGGCUAGAAUUGGAAGAGAAGUAAGAACAAGACUGAGGUGAUGAGAACCUUUUGGGCUGGCAUUCUACUGAAGGAUGCUAAUGAGGCCUUGGUGAGCUGUGAAAUCCUUUUUGUUCACUUCUGGGGUGUUGUCAAUCUUCGUUUUCCAGAGGACUGUGUAGCGUGUUCCAGCAGACUUUGUACUUGACAAAUGCCAAUUAAAACAUAGGUCAAUUUC